AAACUCCGCUUUUGUAUCAUUGUACUCUGCACCCCUAUAAGGCACUGACUGACCUUAUAAAGGAUUACACAUUCACACAUGCCCCCCUCCCUCCUCACCACCAUGUCUUCCCACCUUAGCCCUCCCCUUCUCAUCCUCCCCAUCCUCUUCCUUCUACUUUCCCUCUCCAUGGCUUCUACCUCUACCCCUCCUUCCUCCUCCCCCUUUCUCUCCUUCUCCCCUCCAGAAGGAGGUCUCACACAUUUGGUAGUACACAACAAAACUGGUGAGGUCUAUCUGGGUGCCGUCAACUGGAUCUACAAGCUGUCCAGCAACCUCACCAAACUACGAAGCCACGUUACUGGCCCCGUCACAGACAACCCUCGCUGUUAUCCUCCACCUGGUGUCCAGUCCUGCCCCCACGAGCUGGUGCAGACGUCUAAUGUCAAUAAACUCCUGCUACUUGAUGCUGCCCACAACCGCUUGAUUGCAUGUGGGAGUACUUCCCAGGGAAUAUGCCAGUUCCUGCGUCUGGAUGAUUUAUUCAAGCUGGGUGAACCCCACCACCGCAAAGAGCAUUAUCUAUCCAGUGUGGCUGAGGCAGGCACUAUGUCAGGUGUUGUGAUUUCCCCAGAUAUUUUUGGUGGCGGAGGGAAACUCUUUGUCGGCACUCCCAUUGAUGGCAAAUCUGAGUACUUCCCCACACUGUCGAGUCGCAAGCUAAUGUCAAAUGAGGAGAAUGCUGACAUGUUCAGCUUUGUCUACCAGGAUGAGUUUGUCUCUUCUCAGCUCAAGAUUCCCUCAGACACACUCUCUAAGUUUCCUGCGUUUGACAUUUACUACAUCUACGGUUUCAACAGCGAGCAGUUUGUGUAUUACCUCACCUUACAGCUCGACACCCAACUUACUUCCCCAGAUGCAGCCAGCGAACAGUUCUUCACCUCUAAGAUUGUCCGCCUAUGUGUUGACGAUCCCAAGUUCUAUUCCUACGUUGAGUUCCCCAUCGGCUGCACCAAAGACGGAGUGGAGUACCGCCUGGUUCAGGAUGCUUAUUUAGCCCGGCCAGGUAGCCGGCUGGCACGUUCGCUUGGUAUUCAGGAGCACGAGGAGGUUCUAUUUACUGUAUUUGCCCAGGGUCAGAAGAACAGAGCCAAGCCGCCAAAGGAGUCAGCUUUGUGCCUCUUCACAAUGAGGCAGAUAAAGGAGAAGAUUAAAGAGAGGAUUCAGUCGUGCUACAGAGGAGAGGGAAAACUCUCGCUGCCCUGGCUGCUCAACAAGGAGCUGGCCUGCAUCAACUCGCCGUUGCAGAUAGAUGAUAACUUCUGCGGCCAGGACUUCAACCAGCCUCUAGGGGGCACCACUGCGAUCGAGGGCAUCCCGCUUUAUGUGGACAAGGACGACGGCAUGACCUCUGUGGCGGCGUAUGACUACCGCGGAAACACUGUGGCAUUCACGGGCACUCGCAGCGGACGCAUGAAGAAGAUACUGGUGAAUUCCAUUUCCCAGCCUGCCUUGUUGUAUGAGAAUGUUGUGGUGAGCGAUGGGAGCCCGAUCCUCAGAGAUUUGCUCUUCAGCCCAGGCCAUCAAUACUUAUAUGCCCUCACUGAUAAACAGGUCACCCGUGUACCCGUGGAGAGCUGUGAGCAGUACACUUCCUGUGGAGCCUGUCUGGGAUCAGGGGACCCUCACUGUGGCUGGUGUGUGCUGCAUAAUGUAUGUUCGAGGAAGGACCGCUGUAAGCGAGCAGAAGAGCCUCAGCGGUUCACCACCAGAGCUGAACAGUGUGUCCGACUUUCCGUCCAACCGGACACAGUCUCUGUCACCAUGUCAGAAGUGCAGCUUGUGCUUCAGACACAGAAUGUUCCCAGUCUCUCUGCAGGAGUAAACUGCUCCUUUGAGGACUACGUAGAAACGGAAGGACGCAUCUACGGCGGACGUAUCUAUUGCCUGUCUCCUUCUACAAAAGAAAUUGCCCCCAUCACACGAGACCAAGGUGACCGGCGUAUAAUAAAGUUGUAUCUAAAGUCGAAGGAAACUGGGAAGAAGUUUGCCAGUGUGGAUUUUGUCUUCUAUAACUGCAGCGUCCACCAGUCAUGCCUGUCCUGCGUCAAUGGAAACUUCCCCUGCCACUGGUGCAAAUAUCGCCACAUGUGCACACAGGAUGCCAGUGACUGCUCCUUCCAGGAGGGACGAGUCAACACCUCAGAGGAGUGCCCUCAGAUCCUGCCCUCCACCCAGAUCUAUAUCCCUGCUGGAGUUAUGAGGCCGAUCACCCUGCUGGCCCAGAACCUGCCCCAGCCUCAGUCUGGACAGAGAAACUAUGAGUGCAUCUUUCACAUCCAGGGCAACACACACAGCGUCCCAGCUCUGAGGUUCAACAGCACGAGCAUACAGUGUCAGAAGACCACGUAUGACUACGAGGGCAGUGACAUCAGUGACCUACCAGUUGACCUUUCUGUGGUGUGGAAUGGAAACUUUGUCAUCGACAACCCGUUCGACAUUCAAGCCCACCUGUACAAAUGCAGGGCAUUGCGGGACAGCUGCGGUAUGUGCCUGAAGGCCAACCCCAGAUUUGAAUGUGGUUGGUGCGUCCAGGACAAGAAGUGUUCCCUCAGGCAGGAGUGCACCGGAGGAGGAAAUUCCCACCUCCCGCUGCAGCUGGCAGAAGGCGGAGGGUGGAUGCAUGCCACAUCUGGAAACAGCCGCUGCACCCACCCCAAAAUCACCAAGUUAUUCCCUGAAACCGGGCCUCGACAAGGGGGAACCAGGGUGACCAUCUUGGGGGAAAACCUGGGUCUGCAGUUCAGAGACAUCCAGAUGGGCGUCAGGUUGGGGAAGGUGCCCUGUGUGCCUGUUGAGGAAGAGUACGUGAGUGCCGAAAGAAUAGUCUGUCUGCUGAACGAUGCUACCGGCUACAGGGUCCAAGAGGCUCAGGUGGAGGUGUGUGUGAGAGACUGCGUCAACGACUAUAGAGCCCUGUCACCACGGCCGUUCACCUUUGUGACUCCGUUCUUCACCCGGAUCCAGCCGUCCCAGGGGCCCAUUUCAGGCGGCACGCGCGUCACCAUUGAGGGGAGCUACCUCAACGCCGGCAGCUACGUGUCUGUCAGCAUCGGACCACAGCUCUGCCAGUUCAAAAAGAGGAAUUCCCGUGAGAUAGUGUGCGUUACACCAGCUGGAUUGACACCAGGAAGUACCUCAGUCUUGGUGGACAUCGAUGAUGCAGAGCUCAGAAACCCAGAAGUCAAGUUUAACUAUACAGAAGACCCCACUGUUCUGAAGAUUGAACCUGACUGGAGCAUUGCCAGUGGUGGAACUCUGCUGACAGUGAGUGGCACCAACCUCGCAACCAUCCGAGAGCCAAAGAUCAGGGCCAAGUAUGGGCAGGCUGAGUCCUUUCAUAACUGUACAGUGUAUAACAAUUCAGUCAUGGUGUGCCUCGCUCCGUCAGUGGCCGACUCAGAGCUCGGUUUUUCCGAGACUGGCACCGGCCCCGAUGAGAUUGGGUUCUACAUGGACAACGUGAAUGCUCUGGUGGUGGUCAACGAGACAUUCAGCUACUACCCCGACCCGGUCUUUGAACCAUUGAGUCCCUCUGGGAUACUGGAGCUCAAACCCACAUCGCCACUUAUUCUCAAGGGUCGCAACCUGAUCCCAGCGGCUCCGGGUAACAGUCGCCUGAACUAUACGGUGCUGAUUGGAGAGACUCCCUGCAUCCUCACCCUGUCUGAGAGCCAGCUGCUCUGUGAAUGGCCCAACCUCACUGGACAACACAAAGUCACGAUCCGUGCUGGCGGGUACGAGUAUUCCCCCGGGACGCUUCACAUCUACUCUGACAGCCUGCUAACGCUUCCUGCCAUCAUCGGCAUCGGAGGGGGUGGCGGCCUACUGCUGCUGGUCAUCAUUGCCGUGCUGAUAGCCUAUAAGAGGAAGUCAAGGGAUGCUGACCGCACCCUGAAACGUCUGCAGCUUCAAAUGGACAACUUGGAGUCCAGAGUGGCCUUGGAGUGUAAAGAAGCUUUUGCGGAGCUUCAGACAGACAUCCAUGAGCUGACCCAGGAACUCGACGGAGCUGGAAUUCCCUUCCUGGACUAUCGGACCUAUGCGAUGAGGGUCCUUUUCCCUGGGAUUGAGGACCAUCCUGUGCUCAAGGAGAUGGAGGUCCCAGCAAAUGUUGAGAAGGCACUCACCCUGUUCGGCCAGCUGCUGACAAAGAAGCACUUCCUGCUGACAUUCAUACGAACCCUGGAGGCACAGAGGUCAUUUUCAAUGCGCGAUCGAGGCAAUGUGGCGUCUUUGAUCAUGACGGCCCUGCAGGGGGAGAUGGAGUAUGCCACCGGGGUCCUCAAACAGCUGUUGUCCGACCUGAUAGACAGAAACCUGGAGAGCAAAAACCAUCCCAAACUGCUGCUAAGGAGAACCGAGUCUGUCGCUGAGAAGAUGCUGACCAACUGGUUUACGUUCCUCUUGUAUAAGUUCCUUAAGGAGUGUGCUGGGGAGCCUCUUUUCAUGCUUUACUGUGCCAUCAAGCAGCAGAUGGAGAAGGGACCCAUAGACGCCAUCACAGGAGAAGCCCGCUACUCCCUCAGUGAGGACAAGCUCAUCAGACAACAGAUUGACUACAAAACACUGACGCUGCACUGUGUGAAUCCAGAGAAUGAGAGUGCCCCUGAGGUGACAGUCAAGUGUCUCAACUGUGACACUAUCACUCAGGUCAAAGAGAAGCUGCUCGAUGCUGUGUACAAAGGCAGCCCCUAUUCACAAAGGCCAAAGGCUUCUGAUAUGGACCUGGAAUGGCGUCAAGGUCGGAUGGCCAGAAUCAUUCUGCAGGAUGAAGAUGUCACAACUAAGAUCGACAAUGACUGGAAAAGACUCAACACACUGGCUCACUAUCAGGUAACAGAUGGUUCAGUGAUUGCCUUGGUGCCAAAGCAGAACUCUGCUUAUAACAUCUCCAACUCCUCCACCUUCACCAAGAGCCUCAGCAGAUACGAGAGUAUGCUGAGGACAGCCAGUAGUCCAGACAGCCUACGUUCUCGAACACCCAUGAUCACCCCCGAUCUGGAGAGCGGAACCAAACUAUGGCAUCUGGUGAAGAACCACGACCAUUCAGAUCAGAGGGAGGGUGACCGAGGAAGCAAGAUGGUCUCUGAGAUCUACCUGACCAGACUGCUGGCUACAAAAGGUACGUUACAGAAGUUUGUGGACGACCUGUUUGAGACCAUCUUCAGCACAGCCCACAGAGGUAGCGCCUUGCCCCUGGCCAUCAAGUAUAUGUUUGACUUUCUGGACGAACAGGCUGACAAACACUCCAUCACAGACUACGACGUACGACAUACCUGGAAGAGCAACUGUCUUCCUCUCCGGUUCUGGGUGAACGUGAUCAAGAACCCCCAGUUUGUGUUUGACAUUCAUAAGAACAGCAUCACAGACGCUUGUCUGUCCGUGGUGGCCCAGACCUUCAUGGACUCCUGUUCAACAUCAGAACACAAACUAGGCAAAGACUCGCCUUCAAAUAAGCUUCUCUACGCUAAAGACAUCCCCAACUACAAGAACUGGGUAGAGAGGUAUUACUCCGAUAUCUCCCGCAUGCCAGCCAUCAGCGAUCAGGACAUGAGUGCCUACCUGGCGGAGCAGUCCCGGCUGCAUCUCAGCCAGUUCAACAGCAUGUCUGCGCUGCACGAGAUCUACUCCUACAUCAUCAAAUACAAAGACGAGAUCCUGUCAGCGUUACAGAAGGAUGAACAGUCACGCAGACAGCGACUACGCGGCAAGCUGGAACAGGUCAUUGACACCAUGGCUCUGUCUAGCUGAGGAUUGGCCAAUCACACGCCUCAGCUAGCAGAAGAACUGGCUAACCAACACGCCUUCCUCGACAACUUUGACGCCCCUUGACAUUUUAACCCUCGACGUUUAAAGUCUGUCGCCAUCACCGUCACAAACAACAAUCUACAGCAGCAGAAAGGACUGAUAGAACACAAGCACCCAGCAGCAGCAGCACACUCGAGAGACAGCAGAGUUUGGAACUCAAGCCCCGUCAGCCGGGUUGACUUUUAUCCUCCGCCCCCUCUUUUUUUUGUUCUUCUUCUUCUUCUUCUUCUUCUCUGAGCCUGCCAUAACAACCAAAUCAAGUGCGUCCCCAACCUCAGCCGAUUUUGGACCUCAGCUCAGGAGAGCGUUUAUUUUCAUCAAGUUCCUCAUCACAUCUACAGUUACAUGGGAGCAGCUUUGGCCACAAUCAGGAAUGGUACACGCACAGUGGUGACCAGAAACUCAUCAAGCUGGACCUGAAACAGUUACAGGAAAGGUACCAGCCCAGAGCUCGUAUCCUUUGACAGCCAAGGUCGCAGUUCUGACUGUGAGCCUAUAAAAAUCCACAAUACUUGAUUCCUGCGAGGAAUUUCUUUCUUUUCCGUUGCUGUCCUCCACAGGGAGGUCAGAGGUCAGGGACCGCUACAGAGCAGCAGCCACAGAGCAGGUAGAGAUUCAGUGUGUUGCUCAAAGACUCUUCAGCAGAGUGGCUUCUCGGCAGCCCGCUGCUGCCACUGCAGGGCAACCAGGAGGAAGGACUUUGCAGGGAAACUCUUCCUCCAGUACUGACUUUCUAACACUCAAUCAACAACAAGUCCACUGUAGUCUAACAAAGGAUGUUGUCGCUUUCAUAACUCCGUAUUUGAUUUGUUACUGCAUUUGAUUCUGCCCGUCCAACUGCCUACUCUCCCCAGUGCUGUGCCACUUCUUGUGUUACUGCUGAAUUUGCACAACAAAGCUAAAUCAAAACAGAGAAGAGGAUAUAUGAAUAUAUAUAUAUAGAUAUAAAUACAAACCUUCUGUUUUUAAAACAAAUGAAAAGUUGAAAAAAAAGUUUUUCAUUUCAAUGUACAAAAGAUCCGUUUGAGAAGAUUUGAUAUUUCCGAGAUGAAAAAUUAUGAAAACACACGAGGAAAAGUUGUCCUGUGCCAUGUUUUACUUUGAAUGUUGUUUAGUGCAAAGAGACUUUUUUUCGUUAGAUGAAAUGUGCUAUGAUGAAAAUGUUGUCAUGCUUAGUGACUGAAAGUGAGAGUUUUAAAGUAGGUAAAUGGCAAAAAUAUAUAUAUAAAUAUAUCAUACAGACACUUUCUAUAUUUCAUGAGGUCUCGGGGCCGUUGCGCGUUACAUCUUUGGCUCUGAAGAUAGUAAAAAGACAAAUGAUGUCUGGAAGCCGCCCAUGAGCCAACCGACCUGCAGUGCUUUUGUGUUUGUUUUAGAGAAACCAAAUACAUCAAGGCCCGGUCAGCUGAUUUAGAUGAGACAAAAGUCAUUUCUGUGGAAGCCAGCCUCAUGCUGUGUUAGCCGGCUGCAGAGGCACCAAGCAGUCAUUUAAGCUAAUCCCUGGCACACCCUGUGUUUUAUAGCUUCUUGAUCUUGUUUUCUAGACUCCCCAUCUUGUCUGAAACAUUUUUUCUAUAAGGUGUGCCAUCCAAAAUGAAGGCUAGUUUUUGCUGUGCAGAAGACAUUGUCACAUUUUUGUUUUUGUUUUCUAAACCGAAGCGAUGACAGUAAAGCUAAAGGGUCCGUUUUUGAAAUGUGAAUGUGGUUUAUGAAAAGAUAAUGAAAUGUAGCUUGAUUUAUGUGAGUGUUUUUGUACAAGUUGAAGGCCUUUCUCUCUCUCUCUCUAUUUUUUUUUUGUUCUGUGGUUUUAUAGGGGUAAAAAAAGAAGAAAAAAAAAGUGCAAAUAUUUUCCUUGCACUACGUGCUGCUCCACAUUAACUUGCAGUGCUUUGAAAAUCCUACAUUCAGAAACAUUCCUUUUCUCUAGGAGUGUACACAGCUACUUAUGAAGGCUAGAAAAUACAAACCAAGGUGAUGUGUAUAUAUAUAUAUAUAUAUGUUCUUCCAUUCUGUAAAAGCUUGUCAUGAAUUUCAGACCACCAGAUCAGACAUAUCAACACCCGGAUCACACAGAUGAGCUAAAAAAAAAAAAAACUUCUCUACAUGUGUUUGCUUUGAUAAUAAAUGGGGAAUAAAUAGUGUCAAAGAGUAGGGUUAAGUGCAUCAAACGCACUAUUUAGAAUACUAUAACUUCAAAGAAAACGGUUACCAGUGCAUCAAAAUCAUUGACGUUCUCUUCCUCUUCAGCAGUGCUUCCCUCACAUUUUUUUCCUUUGGUUAGAGUGGAGGGGCCUUUAAACCAGCUAACAGUACGUUCCUCAGACCAGUUCAGAUGGCUUUGAAGAGCUUUGCAGUUGCAUUAGGAGCCUCACAGACAAGAAUUUCUUUCAUAACUAGAAGUUAAUGCAACCAGAUUCAUUCGUGCACGAAGCCACUUAUUUAAGUUAUUCUAUCUUGGUGACAGAUAACUCAAGAAACAUGCAUCAAGAACCAUUUUUGAAUUUUAAUUAGGAGUAUGAUAUGCAGCCAAGGCUGUACAUGUUUCAUCCUAAAUUGAUAGGUAUAUUAAUAAUCUGUUUGUUCCAAUGCUGUGAAGCUAGAAGACUAGCAGCUAGCGCACUAAAGUGUGUGAACAACACCUAAAAAGCACCAGAUGGACCACAAACGGACACAUCCCCGAGUGAUAACUCUGUCACAGCUGUUCUGCAGCUUGAACUGAAAGUGUAACUUUCACAUUUGGUGCAACCGGUGUUUCGGCUACUUAAGUCUGCGAUAAAUUUACACCUUCGUCUCUUGGAUUUUAUGUUUGUGCAACAAUCCUUACAAUCUGAGGCUUUGCCAAACAGACAGAGAGGUUGAAAUACAUCUAUUAUUUCAUGUUUUUGUGAGGCACAUGCUGCAUACGAGCCAGCUGUCAGCAGAUAGCUCAAGUUUGUUACAUGCUACUCUGAAAUAUCUGUAAACAAUCAGUUUAUUGAAGGAUCAUUUCCAAUUAUACCCGCACAGAAAUCAAGACCGAACUCUUGUUUCAUACUUUGUGCCAUUAACGUAAAUUGCGGACUUCCAGUAUGGCCAAAAUGCACCUUCUUGAACUUUUUCGCCUCCUUCUUUGUCCAUGUUGUCAGGGAGUUAAGUAUUUUUCCACACAUAAUUACCAAGCCAGAUGCCACCAAACCAAACACAUAUUGCUGCUGUCAAGUAAAAACUCUUGAGAGAAAAAAAAACAAAAAAAACCCCAGAUUCAUUUUAAAAAUGAACAUUCAAAUCUCUAACCUGAAUAUUAGCCUCUCAGUCACACCAACAUGCCACAAUUUUAUCUGACAGCACAAACAUGUGCCUGGACGGGAUGAAAACGUACUGUAUGUUCUUAAAUACUUGAACCACUGAUCUGCACAGGGUAAAAUAACAUACAGGGCGACUGACCAAAGCUUUAUGCAUCCGCAAUCUGAGAAUGGCUCUGUGAUGAGAGAUUUUGCUGUUUUCACAUGUUCCACAAGCUAAUUUUAGUGCUCACUGAAGAUAUUUAGUGUUCUUCUUAAUCCUCGAUGAGUGGUGAAAUUGAGGCAAUGCUACUUCCAUGUACAGGCAUUCAUUAACACAUUUUGCUUGCUUUGAAUGAAUGAAACAUUCUGAGGAUGUGGACGCUGAUGUUUGACUGCUGUUCACUUGCUCAGUUGUUCUUUUGAUGAAGACUUGAAAAAAACGAUUUUAGUGAUAUUGAAAGACGCGUGAACCUUAGUCAUUGCCCCUAGGAUCAUUUUGUAGGGAGUUAAAGAAAAAACAACAACAACAACAUUGUGAGAUAAGGCCAAUUUGGUUUUUGGUGCUUUUAUUUCUUAGUUUUGUGCUUCUUGUUUUCUGCUACAGCACUUGUUGAGGCAAAACAUGAAAAGACUCAGGCAAGGCAGAGGAAGUGCUUUGAAGGCCAUGGUACCGCUUCAUUGUUCAUUCCAUCACAUCUGUGUUGUUUCUUUUCUCUUUUCAUGCAGAAAAAGACAGCCAUAAAGGAGGGUGGAGUGGAAAAAGAAAAGAGGUGGUGAGAGAGAUUCUCUUGACGAUUGACAGACUCAUACUGUAGGUUUUCACUGUGUCUUGUCAGCCUCUACCCACAUGGAAAAUGAUAUGCUUUUCCAUAUACAUGAUUCCAAUAUGGUUCAAAGUACAUGUCAAAAAUUGACAUGAGAAAUGCAUUAUAUGUAAAUAUACAUUUCCUUUUAAACAUGCAAUUACUAGACUGAUACCAGUCAUGUGUUACAUCGGGAUCUCAGAGAUGUGUUUAGCCUAGCUUAUCAUGUAAAAAAUAAUGUUAUUUAAGGGUGUGUACUACGUUGGGAGUGUAUCCUGCAAACAGUGAAUGUAAUGAAGAAGAAUCAACACAAAAGUCCCUCAAAAAUUAUAAAUGUCAUCUCCUUUGUUCAUGUAUAAUAGGGCUGUUUUAUUUUGCUUGAAGCUAGCGUUCGUCUUUAUACUACCAUUGAGACAGAACACUAAGGUAAGCUAAUUAUGUUACAUUUCUGUAGGUAACAUAUAAACUGAGAUUGCUUUUUCUUUAUGAUUUUUUUUUAAGUAAUGAACUAAAGGUGCUUAUUCACUUUUUUUUGCCAGGGUUUAGGGAGAUGAUCAAUAAAACUUUGAUGGUUCUAUGUUGCAUGAGAAGUCAAAGCUAGGCAAUGGUUAGCUUAGUUUAGCGUAGAGUCCUGAAGGCACUGUUGGCAACUUUUCUGGAAGAAAACUUGCCAGCGGUACUGUUGCUAACUCCUCAGUAAGGAAAAUAGCUACUGGCUGUCCUAAAAAUCGAUACUACAAAUGAACUUUAUGAAAUAACUUCAUGACUUUAAUGCUUUGCCUAGAUGGUCUGUGUACUUUUUUGGUCAUUUGAUUUUC